GUGGAAGGACUAGGAUUUCUCCCCGUGGGAUACAGAGAAGGGAUUGUUUGUGUUGCUGCUGUGAGGGAGAGACAAACUCAUAGAGAAUGAGGUUACAAUAAACAUCACAUUGCACCCCAGGGCCUGUUUUGGGCAUUUCCGGGUAGCAGCGGGAUCUCCCUUUGCUGCAGAGGUGCAGUUUGCCUUUGGCCGGCCCAAGGAAAGUCUGACCCAAAGACUGGUCCCUUUCUAGAACAAACAGCUCACACCCUUUGACUCUUGGUCCAGACCUGGGCCCAGCCACCUCUCUCUCUCUCAGAAGCACUUGGACCCGCACGGGGAACCAUGCCAACCGUGGAUGACAUUCUAGAGCACAUAGGUGAAUGCCACUUUUUCCAGAAGCAAACCUUUUUCCUCCUGGCUCUGCUCUCCACUGCUUUCACCCCCAUCUACGUGGGCAUCGUCUUCCUGGGGUUCACCCCCGACCACCGCUGCCGGAGCCCCGGGGUGGCCGAGCUGAGCCAGCGAUGCGGCUGGAGCCUGGCAGAGGAGCUGAACUACACGGUGCCCGGCCCGGGGGACGAUGCCUUCCUGCGCCAGUGCCGGCAGUACGAGGUGGACUGGAACCAGAGCGCCCUCGACUGCGUGGACCCGCUGUCCAGCCUGGCCACCGACAGGAGCCACCUGCCGCUGGUGCCCUGUCAGCACGGCUGGGUGUACGACACGCCUGGCUCCUCCAUCGUCACCGAGUUUAACCUAGUGUGUGCUGACUCCUGGAUGCUGGACCUGUUUCAGUCGGUAGUGAAUGUAGGGUUUUUUAUCGGCGCUGUGGGCAUUGGCUACCUAGCAGACAGGUUUGGCCGGAAGUUCUGCCUCUUGGUCACCAUCUGCAUCAACGCUACCUCUGGGGUUCUCAUGGCAGCGUCACCAAACUACACCUGGAUGUUGGUGUUUCGCUUGAUCCAGGGACUGGUCAGCAAAGCAGGGUGGUUGAUUGGCUACAUCCUGAUUACAGAAUUUGUCGGGCUGGGCUAUCGCAGAACAGUGGGGAUUUGUUACCAAGUCGCCUUCACUGUAGGGCUCCUGGUGCUGGCAGGGGUGGCCUAUGCCCUUCCCCACUGGAGGUGGCUGCAGCUCACUGUCACCCUGCCCAACUUCUGCUUCCUGCUCUACUUCUGGUGCAUCCCUGAGUCUCCCAGGUGGCUGAUCUCCCAGAACAAAAAUGCCGCAGCCAUGAAGAUCCUCAGGCACAUCGCAAAAAAAAAUGGAAAGCCCAUGCCCGCCUCCCUUCAGAGCCUGAGGGCAGAUGAGGAAUCUGAGGAGAAGAUGAACCCUUCAUUCCUCGACUUGGUCAGAACGCCUCAGAUAAGGAAACAUACUUUGAUCUUGAUGUACAACUGGUUCACCAGCUCUGUUCUCUACCAGGGCCUUAUCAUGCACAUAGGGCUCGCAGGAGGCAAUGUCUACCUGGAUUUCUUCUACUCUGCCCUGGUGGAAUUCCCAGCCGCCUUCAUCAUCAUCUUCACCGUCGACCGCGUCGGUCGCCGUUAUCCAUGGGCUGCAGCAAACCUGGUGGCAGGGGCGGCCUGUCUGGCUUCAGUUUUCAUACCUGAUGAUCUGCAGGGGCUGAAAAUCACCAUGGCGUGCCUGGGGAGAAUGGCCAUCACAAUGGCCUACGAGAUGGUUUGCUUGGUCAAUGCUGAACUAUACCCGACGUUCAUCAGGAAUCUCGGGGUCCUCGUCUGCUCCUCCAUGUGUGACAUCGGUGGCACCAUCACGCCCUUCCUGGUCUACCGCCUCACCGACAUCUGGCUGGAGUUCCCACUGGUGGUGUUUGCUGUGGUUGGUCUUGUUGCUGGUGGACUUGUGUUGCUGCUACCAGAGACCAAAGGGAAGGCUCUGCCCGAGACGAUUGAGGACGCCGAGAACAUGAACAGACCAAGAAAAAAGAAAGAAAAGACAAUCUACUUCCAAGUCAAGAAAUCAGACAUGCAGAAAAACUAAAGAGAAGGAUGUUGGCUCCCACUGUGGCCUGGCACUGUUAAUGCCAGAGCCAGGACAGAGGAGCACCACUCACCGCAAAUCCCACCAGUUCAACCGCACUUACCCUCGAACUCAGCCAGCCUGGAACUGUGGCCAGCCUAGUCUACCCUUGGUGUGUCAAAAUCACCCCCCAAACAGAUCCUUCUGAAAGCGUCUGCCCUGUUCUCAGCAUUCCCAGAAAAUAAUUAUUGAUGUGCCCGAUUGCUUUUAUUUUUACACUUCUACAUUUGAUUGCUUCCCCCACAAUAACAUCAAAAUAAAAUACACAGAGGAACUGUGAGCUAGGGAAACCAAAUAGAAAAGAUUUGAAAAACACUAAAGUUGAGAAAACACAGCCUAUUUUCUGAGGGAAAUAAAACACCCAAUGCAAUAGCAAA